AUGGAGUCGCCACUGGUUGCAACGGUCCCAAACGGAUUGGACAGCAAUUCCAUCACCGAUGCCACUGCUGUCCCUCCUGUCAGCGAGUCUGAUUCCGAGACAGGCCAUGUCCAAAACGAGAGCUGGCCAGCAAGGGCCAGUUCAGCCUCCUCAGUAGACUCCAGUCAUCCCAAUUCAGGCACUGGGGAUGCCUCCUCCACUCUGGUAAUCUGUGGCAUGGCCAUGAGGCUGCCCGGAAACAUCAACUCAGAGGAUCAAUUCUGGGAUUUCCUGGUCAAUAAACGCGAUGCCCGUGAUAGGAUUCCCGAGUCAAGGUACAACGCCGCCGCAUUCUUUGGCGAUGCGUCCAGAAUGGAGACAGAUGCCUCGGCGGAGCAUGAAACCCGCUUCAUCAACGACACUGAAAUCACAGCCCCGGCGUCAGAGGCGAAUAUCCAAGCCAUUAAUGACCAAGCUUUUGGGUACACCCUGAACCAAGUAGAUCUAUCCCAGUUUGACGCCUCGUUCUUCUCAAUGACGCGACAGGAGCUGGAGUGGACAGAUCCCCAGCAGCGUCUUCUUCUCGAGCUUACAAGAGAAUGUCUGGAGAAUUCUGGUGAGCUCAAUUGGCGGGGCAAAGAAAUCGGCUGCUAUGUCGGAGUAUUUGGUGAAGAUUGGCUGGACAUUCACUCAAAAGAUCCCCAGGAGCUGGCCAUGUACAAGCUCACCGGCCAUGGCGACUUUCUCCUCGGCAACAGAAUAUCCUACGAGUACGACUUCAAGGGUCCAAGUAUGACGGUCCGAACAGGAUGCUCAUCGGCAUUAGUUGGCAUGGAUCUCGCAUGUAAGGCUCUCCGAGCUGGACAGAUCAACGCCGCUGUCGUUGCUGGCUCUAAUUUGAUAUUGAGCCCUUCAACAACUCAACUCAUGUUCAAACAAGGCGUCCUGAGUCCGGAUGUAUCAUGCAAGACCUUCGAUGCCGAGGCAAAUGGCUAUGCAAGAGCAGAAGGUGUAAACAUGCUGUACGUCAAAAGACUAGAAGACGCCUUGCGAGACGGAAAUCCCAUCCGUGCUGUCAUCCGCUCGACGGCUAGCAACUCAGAUGGAAAGACGAUGGGCCUGUCACACCCCAGUACCGCUGGCCACGAGGCACUGAUACGCUCAUGCUAUCAAACCGCUGGUAUCUCGGAUUACUGUAGGACCGCCUUCUUCGAAUGUCACGGUACUGGCACGAGUACGGGUGAUCCCGUGGAAUUGACGGCCGUCGCCAAUGUCUUCAAAGAGCGUGGCAUCUACAUUGGCUCCAUCAAGCCAAAUCUGGGACAUUCUGAAGGCGCAUCUGGCUUGACUGGUGUUAUCAAAGCCAUACUAGCUCUCGAAAACAGGACCAUCCCACCAAACAUCAAAUACAGCAAUCCCAAUCCUAAAAUUCCAUUCAAAGAGGGCCGUCUGAGUGUGCCUGUUGAUAAUACACCUUGGCCAGAAGAUCGCGACGAACGUGUGAGCGUCAACUCAUUUGGUCUCGGCGGUUCCAACGCCCACAUCAUCUUAGACUCAGCACGAUCAAUUGGCAUAGGAAGUCAGGACAUCCCACAGCCACAAGAGACAAAAGAGCAAAAACUGCUAGUCUUUACGGCCAAUCAUCCCGAGUCGGCUCAGAAAGGAGCAGGACUAUACGCCAAAUAUGCAGAGGAGCACGUGGACAAGCUUGAUGACUUGGAGUAUACUCUUGCCCUUCGCCGGGAACACCUUCCCUACCGUACCUUCGCUGUGUAUGAUGGUACUGGUGGUCCGGAGUUCUUCCCACCUGCGAAGAUUCCUUUAUCGUCUCCGACUGUGGCCUUUGUAUUCACCGGACAAGGCGCCCAGUGGGCCACGAUGGGACGAAGGCUCUUCUCCGACUUCGCCUCCGCCCAGAAGGACGUGGAGGUUUUAGAUGAAGCACUUUCCAAAGUGACCCCCGCUCCAUCAUGGACGAUUCAGGGCGAGUUGCAAAAGGAUACGACAGAGACCCAGGUCGGUCAAGCCGAGUUCUCGCAGCCACUGUGUACUGCUGUUCAAAUCAUCAUCGUUAAUUUGCUACGGCGUUGGGGCAUCGAGCCUGCCGCAGUCGUCGGGCAUUCAAGUGGCGAGAUUGCCGCUUCAUACGCGUCUGGUGCUCUCACCAUGGAAGAGGCGAUUGUUUGCUCCUACCUCCGCGGUCUUGUCACGAAGCAGCAGAAGCGACGAGGCGGGAUGGCUGCUAUUGGCCUUGGCCGCGAUGCCGUUCAGCGUUAUUUGGUUGAAGGCACUGUUGUGGCUUGCGAGAACAGCCCGGCAAGUGUCACAUUGUCAGGCGAUGAGGACAAGAUUGACUUGGUGGUUCAGGCUAUCAAAGACAGCGAGGAAGGAGUCCUUGCAAGACGGCUGAAAGUCGAAAUGGCGUACCACUCCAGUCACAUGGCGGAAAUUGGAGAUGCUUACGAGCAGAUGCUGCUGCCAGCGCUUUCUGCGAAAUCCUGCUCCUUACCCCUUUACUCAACGGUAACUGGUAGACUAAUGGACUCGGAGUCUGUACCUGACGCUAAGUACUGGCGUUCGAAUCUGGAAUCUCCCGUUCUGUUCAAUACGGCAGUCACUCAGUUAAUUAAGGACCUGCCUUCAGAGAACUUGGUCUUGCUGGAGAUUGGCCCUCACUCAGCCCUUGCUGGACCUGUCAGGCAAAUUACCAAGGCAGUCAAGGCUAAAUCAGUAACGUACAUUCCAACUCUGAUCCGGAAUGAGGUCGACUCAAAGUCUCUUCUGAAAACUGCUGGGCAACUCUUCCAGAAGGGCGCUGGUUUGUCCUUCAAGAAUAUCACCAAGCCUGGUGAAGUCCUCACCAACACUCCGACAUAUCCCUGGCAUCAUGAUACCAAAUACUGGGCAGAAUCACGUGUGUCAAAGGAAUGGAGGCAGAGAACAUUCCCACACCACGAGCUUCUCGGCUCUCGAGUUAUCGAGAGUAGUCAGCUGGAGCCCAUGUGGCGCAACGUGCUGCGGCUUGAUCAGAUACCAUGGUGUAAGGACCACAUGCUUGGCGCGGAUAUCAUCUUCCCGGCAGCUGGCUACAUGGUCAUGGCAUUAGAGGCAAUGAGGCAAGUCUCUGACACCGAGGAGUAUUCGCUGAGAAAUGUAACUCUCAAGUCUGCUCUGGUGUUGUUAGAGUCAUCAGAAGUCGAGACCAUGUUCUCCUUGAGACCACUGCGACUAACCAACAGCCUCGAUUCUGUCUGGCAUGAGUUUAACAUUUCCUCGUAUAACGGAACGACUUGGACAAAGCACUGUGCCGGUCAGAUCAGAGCCGGUUCUGACAACCCUCCACAACCUAGAGUCAUCUCUCAUCAUCCAAGGAAGAUUCAUCGAGAAAGUUGGUAUCAGACGAUGCGAGAAGCUGGCCUCAACUAUGGUCCAUUCUUCCAAGGUCUGCAGCAAGGCACAUCACACCCUUUGCGAGAUGUUGCCGCUGCUCACCUCUCAAAUAAUAUCCCCGGUAUCAAGCAAGACCCUCACCCACAUCAUUUCCACGCAGCCACUAUUGAUUCUUGUCUGCAACUGUACCCCGCUGCUACUGCACGAGGUCUAGCUCGUGACUUUGGUAAAAUGUCUGUGCCAGCAUUUGUCGGUGAGAUUUACAUUCGACGACCCACGCCAAGCGGCCAGGUUUCCAUUGAGGUAAAUGCCGAGAACACUGCCAAAGGUGCAAUUCAUGGCGACUGUUUGGGUGUUUCCGACACUGGCGAGGUGGUAUUGCAGCUCAAGGAUGUCAGACUUACACCGAUGGAUGAUGGCAAUGAGGCUGCCAAGAGAAAUUCACACUCCGCAGUUCGCCUACAGUGGAAGCCAGAUAUCUACUUCCAGGACAUGGGGAAGCUGGUGACCUCUAGCAAGCAUAUCCGCGAACCCUACUGGCCGUUGCAGAAGCUCGUAUUGCUCUGCUGCGUUGAAGCCCGAGAUCGCCUCGCCUCUCUCCCGCCGAGCCCUCUGGACCAUAUGCGCAAGUUCCAAACGUGGGUUGCAAAGCAGGUGGAGGAUGCAGAGUUGAAUGGUUACCUCUUUGUCGACGACGUGAAAGCUUUGACUGGGCUGCAGUCGGCCGAACGAUCAGCCCUCAUUUCAGAGUACGCACAACAGCUUCGCGAGACUCAGGUAGCACCUGUCGGCAUUGCCGUAUGGCGGGUCUUCAACGAUAUUGAGGGCAUCUACAGUGGUGAAGUUGAUCCUCUAGCCAUACUCCGCCAGGAUGAAAUCUUGACCAAGCUUUACAACCUGGCUGAUGCGUGGGACUACUCUCCCUUCCUCCGCCUUACCCGCCACCGCACUCCUCACCUCCGUGUCUUGGAGAUUGGCGCCGGAACCGGUGCUACCACCGAGCUCAUCUUGCAGGGCCUCAUUUCAGAUGCAGGAGAGCGGAUGUAUUUCUCCUACACAUACACGGAUAUCUCAGCUGGCUUCUUCCCGGCGGCCAAGGAGAGAUUCAAGAACAGCCAGGCGAUGGAGUUCCGGCCUUUGGAUAUCAGUCAAACACCGGAAAGCCAAGGGUUUACACCGCAUUCAUACGAUUUGGUGGUUGCCACAAACGUUCUGCAUGCGACUCCCUGUUUGAAGGAAACCCUGGCCAAUAUCAACCAGCUCCUCAAGCCUGAUGGCAAAUUGUUGAUGCAGGAACUGUGCACGAGCACGCGGUGGGUUAAUUAUGCUGUUGGCGUACUUCCCGGGUGGUGGCUGGGUGAGGCCGAUAAUCGACCCGAGGAACCAUAUGUCAGCCUCGAGCGCUGGACUCAGGAACUGACUGAUGCCGGAUUCUCAGGAGCAGACGCGAUUAUAGUCGACGAUGAGAUGCCAUUCCAGACAAACGCCACAAUCAUCGCAUCGCCUGCCGCAGAGCACCCAACCGCGACAUCUGUGUCCCUCCUCUCGCGCAACCCUGAAGGACCUGUUGCUAAGACUCUGACUGAAGCCUUGCAAUCACAGGGCCUAGCCGUAGAAUUUGUAUCCUUGUCAGACAAGCCAUAUCAGGGUGUGAUUUCCAUUCUAGACCUGGAGGGCUCGUCUAUUCUUGAGGAUAUUUCAGCCGAAUCAUACGCAGAUCUGAAGGCUUUCUUGCUGGAGACCCCAGCGACUGGUUUACUAUGGCUCACCAAGUCGUGCCAGAUCCAGAGCACCGAGCCGCAAUAUGCAGCAAUCCUAGGCCUGACCCGUGUCCUUCGUAAUGAGUUGGGUGUCAACAACCUCGUUACACUUGAGCUCGAUGACCACAGCUCACCCGAAGCGAUGAACUCCAUUUAUACCCUUUACCAGAGAAUGCAACAGAAAUCCGAUGAAGCAGGCGAGGUCGACGCAGACUGUGAGUAUGCGUUCUCGAAUGGCAGCGUAAAUAUUCCUCGAUUCAAUUGGAUUUCCGUCCCGGGAGAGCUGGCUACCAAGUCAAACAAGAGUCUUACGCCAAAGGCACUCGAGAUUGGUAAACGAGGUUCGCUCAAAUCUCUUCAGUGGGUUGAUAGGCCUGAGAUCAAACUUGAAGGUGAUGAGGUUGCUGUCCAAGUUCAUGCUGUCGGUAUGAACUUCAAGGAUAUCCUCAUCGCCAUGGGUGUUGUAGACGGGAGCAAGGAAGACGGAAACGGUCUGGGUUUCGAAUGCUCCGGUGUCAUACAGGGCCUCGGUCCUGAUGUCCCGUCCGACCUCAAAGUCGGCGACCGCGUCAUGGUGUUUGCCGGUAACUCAUACUCGACCGUCUUGAAGACGCGGGCGGCGCUUUGCACUAAGAUGCCGGACACUCUGAGCUUUGAAGAGGCUGCUAGCAUGCCGUGCGUCUAUGGAACUGUUGUCUAUGGGCUUCAGGACCUGGCAAGACUCGAAGCCGGUCAGAGUGUCCUGAUUCAUUCCGCUUGCGGUGGCGUUGGAAUUGCAGCCAUCCAAAUCUGCCGCAUGCUGGGUGCAGAAAUCUUUGCCACGGUGGGUAACGAUGAAAAAGUCCAAUACUUGCAAGAUACCUUCAACAUCCCACGCAAUCGAAUAUUCAACUCCAGAGACUCGAGUUUCUACGCCGGAGUCAUGCGUGAAACAAACGGUGAAGGUGUUGAUGUUGUUCUGAACUCUCUAUCCGGAGAUCUCUUGCAUGCUUCAUGGGAUUGUGUGGCCAAAUUUGGCAGCAUGAUUGAGCUUGGUAAGAGGGAUUUCAUCGGCCAAGGAAGACUUGCGAUGGAUCCUUUCGAGGACAACCGCGCCUUCUUUGGUGUUCACGUCGCUCCCAUUUGCGCAGAACGGCCCAACAAGAUCCGAACCCUGCUGAAGCGGUGCAUGGACUUUUACACUCAAGGCCUAAUCGGACCAAUCCGGCCUGUCACAGUAUUUGAUGCAGUCAACAUACAGGAAGCUUUCCGAACCAUGUCCAAGGGUCAGCACAUUGGUAAGCUGGUCGUUCGUAUGCCCGAGGAUCCCAGUGUCUUGGAUGUUACAGCCGUAAGAAAUCAGUUCAGACUGAGACCCGAUGUGUCGUACCUUCUGGUUGGUGGCCUUGGAGGUCUGGGACGUUCCAUGUCCACGUGGAUGGCAGAAAAGGGGGCAAAGAAUCUUAUUUACCUCUCUCGGGGGGCAACUUCGAAAGCUGAUGAGACUAUCACCUUGCUUGUAGAGGAGUUGGCCGCUGCAGGCUGCACCGUCCAGCUUGUCCAGGGCAGCGUCACCAACUUGGACGACCUUGAACGUGUCAAGUCGGAGGCAAGGCUUCCAAUCGCCGGCGUCAUCAACGCAUCCAUGGUUUUAAGAGACAGCAUGUUUGCCGAUAUGAGUCACGCGGACUGGGAAGCGGCUGCCGAGCCAAAGGUGAACGGGACAUGGAAUCUGCACAAGGCGUUCAAAGACCACAAGCUCGAUUUCUUUGUUCUGUACAGCUCGUUCUCUGGCCUGGUUGGGCAGAGAGGGCAGGCCAACUACGCAUCUGCCAAUACCUUCCUCGAUGCAUUUGUUCAAUUUAGACAUGGCGAAGGCCUGGCUGCAUCGGUUCUUGAUAUUGGUGCCAUGGCUGACGUCGGUUAUGUCAGUCGCAACGCCCGCGUCAUGGAAAACUUCCGUGCUGCUUCAGUUGCUGUCCUGCGAGAGCGACACUUGCUCGAUGCUCUCGAACUUGCCAUGAUGAUAUCCGAGCCUCCUGCAGCGCGGACCGCAGAGAGUGACAGAGGUUAUGUGAGUGUUAGCCAGAUUGGCCUGGGCUUGCGCACCACACAACCCAUCGCAUCUCCCAACAACCGCGUCAUCUGGCGACGGGAUCCUCGAAUGGGACUUUAUCGCAACAUCGAAGAAGCUGCAGAUGGAGUCACUAGCGGAGGCUCCCAAGAGCAGGACGCAUUGCGUAGCCUCCUCGCCGAGGCUGAUGGAAACCCCGACUUGCUGAAGGAGGCUGAAUUCGUAGCAGCACUGGCACAGCAGAUUGGAACAACGCUAUUCAACUUCAUGAUGAAGCCGUUGGACGAAUUGGAUGUGACGGUGCCUUUGGCAAACUUUGGCAUCGACUCGCUGGUAGGGAUUGAGCUGCGCAGCUGGUUCCGCCAGAGACUAUCUCUUGACGUCAGUGUGUUGGAGAUCAUGAAUUCUGAGUCUCUCACAAGUCUGGCCGAGUUCGUCGCCAACGGCCUUCUCGUCAAAAUGGAUAUAAAUGCACCAGAGGAGGCGAAAGCCAAGAGUGGUUGA